AUGCCCGACCGGGCGCUCUGCCUCCUGUGCAGUUUGGUGAUGCCUGCCGCCUUCCUGUGCGCAGAUCUGCUUCCCAGGGUCACCUUCCCAAGAGGAGACCCCCGGAGGACCCUAACCAGCUUCAGCCAGGAUGGAAUCUUCAACUACGAUACUUUCCUCCUGAGCGAAGACGAAGGCACUCUGUACGUGGGAGCUCGAGACACCAUCCUCUCCCUCCGGGUGGACAGUGCUGGGUCAAUGGAGCUGACGGGCUCAAUAGUGUGGCCACCCGUGCUUAAAAAAAAGGAGGAGUGUGUCUUUAAGAAGAAAAGCAAUUUGACAGAGUGCUUCAACUUCAUCCGUGUCCUGGUGCCAGUGAACCAGACUCACCUGUACACCUGUGGGACCUACGCCUUCAGCCCCAUCUGCUCUUACAUUAAUCUGGAGAAUUUCAGCCUGGUUUCUGGAGGCCGAGGGGAGCCUCUCCUCCAGGAUGGGAAGGGACAGUGCCCCUUCGACCCCCGCCACAAGUAUACGGCCAUCCUGGUGGAUGGUGAGCUCUACACGGGGACCAUGAACAACUUCCAAGGAAGCGAGCCCAUAAUCUCCCGUGCCCUGGGCAGCAGGACCUUUCUGAAGACCGAUACCUUCCUCAGGUGGUUGAAUGUCGACGCGGGCUUCGUGGCCUCGGCCAACAUCCCUGGAGACGAGAAGGUCUAUUUCUUCUUCGAGGAGACGGCCGAGGAGUUUGAUUUCUUUGAGAAGCUCACGGUCUCCCGGGUGGCUCGUGUGUGCAAGAAUGACGUCGGAGGACAGAAGGUGCUGCAGAAGAAAUGGACCACGUUCCUGAAAGCUCAGCUGACAUGCUUCCAGCCUGGACACUUCCCUUUCAACGUGAUCCAUCACUCCUUUGUCCUACCCCAGCCAGGAGGGGGCGCCGUCUUCUAUGGAGUCUUCACCUCGCAAUGGCAGAUGGGAGACGCUGGCAGCACGGCGGUGUGCGCUUUCAACCUGGAGGACAUCGAAAGAGUCUUCAGCGGCAAAUACAAGGAGCUGAACAAGGAGAGCUCCCGGUGGACGACAUACAGCGAUGGGAUCCCUGAGCCCCGCCCUGGCAGCUGCUCGGUGCACCCAUCAGCGGACAAAGUCCUGACCUUCAUGAAAAACCAUUUCCUGGUGGAUGAGAAGGUUGCGCCCAGGAACAAGCAGCCGCUGCUGGUGAAGCAGAACGUGAAGUAUACGCGGAUCGCAGUCGAUCAGACCCACAGUGUCACGGGCACCUCCUAUGAGGUGAUGUUCCUGGGAACAGAUCAAGGGUUCCUGCACAGAGCAGUGGCUCUGGCCAGCGGUACUCAUAUCAUUGAGGAAAUCCAGCUGUUUAAGGACCCGGAACCUGUGCAGAACCUUCUGUUCUCACCUGGGAAGGGGAUUCUGUAUGUGGGGUACUCCAAGGGGGUGCUGCAGGUGCCGCUGGCCAACUGCAGCGUGUACAGGAGCUGUGCUGACUGUGUCCUUGCCCGAGACCCCUACUGCGCCUGGGACAGGCACAGCCAGUCGUGCCAGGAGACCCGAGGCACAAACAAAAACACGAGUGACUGGCUGCAGGACGUCGAGACGGGUAGGCCGGGGGCUACGUGCCAGCAGUUCAGUGGGAGAGGCAGGGCCACGCCCAGGUCUCGGGACGACUCGGGCAGCAGCCUGGUAAAAACUUUGAGCCCAGCGCUGAACUCUGUGAUCCGGCUGCCCUGCCCGCAGCUCUCCGCCCUGGCCAAUUACAGCUGGAGCUACCCAGGGGAUAAGACCCCGGCGGGGCUGACGAUGUUGGACAAUAAGAUGCUGGUGAUCAUCAUGCAGCGCCAGGCGGCGGGCGAGUACACGUGCUGGGCCAGCGAGAACGGGCACCGCCAAGCUGUGGCCCGCUAUGUGGUGCAGGACCCCACGGAAGGCGACAUCCUGAGCGAGAGCGGAGGGGACAGCAUGGUCGGGCAAGGGCUGGAGCGGGGGGCAGGCCCACAGGGCGGGCACCGCUCCUACUGGGCGCAGUUUGUGACGGUGACGGUGCUGCUGUCGAUGACGCUGGCCGUAGCAAUGGCCAUGGCCGGCUUCUCCUACCACAACAGGCUCAAGGCCAAGAGCAAGGUGCAAGGAUGCAACACCCCCGAAGCCACCAAGGUGUCCAAUCAGGAGAAGGUGCCGCUGAACGGAGGCCGGAGCCCACAGGAGGGGGCCAAGGACCCCAGGGACUGCUGCGUCCAGAUGGAGGGGCUGUACCAGGGCACAGACGCGGACAACAACAGGUUAAACGCCAGCUUGGGGGCCGGGGAGGGUUCCCAAGGGGCGGCUCUGGAGAAAGCAUAG